AUGGGUGUGUUUGUUGUUGGGUUUAUGGUUUUUGUUUUGCUUGUGCUUGUGAGUUUUGUUCGGUUGGGAGGUGUUGGGGUAUCUGGGAAUGUUGUGUUUGAAGUUCAACACAAGUUUGGUGUUGUUGGUAAUGAGUCUUUGAGUGGUUAUGUUGCACAUGAUAUGUAUCGGCACCGGCGAAUACUCGCCGGUGUUGAUCUGCCUAUUGGUGGUGAUAGUAGUCCUACAUCCGCUGCACUUUACUACACAAAGAUUCAGCUUGGUAGCCCGGCGAAGGAGUUUUACGUGCAAGUGGAUACUGGGAGCGACAUCCUGUGGGUUAAUUGUGCAGGAUGUGAAAACUGUCCCCAAAAAAGUGACCUUGGAGUCCCACUCUCGCUAUACGAUCCAGAUCAGUCCUUGAGUUCUGGAACUGUUACCUGUGAUCAAGAUUUCUGCACCACAAUGGUGGAUCCCACUAAUAACGAGUGUGUUUUAGGGUCGCAAUGUUCAUAUGUUGUUAGAUAUGGUGAUGGGAGCUCAACAACUGGUUAUUUCGUUAGAGAUAAUGUGCAACUUAAUAGAAUAUCCGGGGAUCGUCAAACGUCGGAUAUGCAAGGAAGAAUUAUGUUCGGGUGUGGAUCGAAACAAUCGGGGGGUUUAGGUAAAUCCCAGCAAGCACUAGAUGGAAUAUUAGGUUUCGGGCAAUCUAAUGCGUCGUUAAUUUCACAACUUGCCGCAUCUAAAAAGGUGAAAAAGAUGUUUUCUCAUUGCUUGUCGGGUUCUAAAGGCGGGAUCUUCGCUAUUGGAGAAGUUGUGCACCCGGAAGUAAACUCAACGCCAAUUUUGCCUGAUAUGACACAUUUCAAUAUUGAAUUGAAAGCAAUUCAAGUGGGUGAUGAGUUUGUAACUCUUCCAACAAAAAUGUUCAACACCGCAGCGAAACGAGGAACAGUGAUUGAUAGCGGUACAACUUUGGCUUAUUUUCCUGACCCAGUUUAUAACCAGUUGAUGAAAAAGGUUGCGGCUUCACAAUCGGAAGCAGACAUGCAGAUAGUUGAUAACCAGUUCAAGUGUUACCCGGCCCACGGGAACGUGGAUGACGUUUUCCCGAUUGUUAUAUUUCACUUUGCGAAUGCUCUUAAGUUGAGAGUUUAUCCCCAUCAGUAUAUCUUUACAACUCAGCAUCCGUAUUGGUGCAUUGGUUUUAUGAGCAAUGGCAUGCAACCGAGGGAAUCAAAUGCGGUCUUAUUGGGAGAUCUUCUACUAACAGAUAGGUUGGUUACAUAUAACAUGGAAGAUCAAACCAUUGGAUGGACAGACUAUGAUUGCUCGUCGAGCAUUAGAGUGAAAGAUGAAGAGUCUGGGAUGGUGUACGAGGUUGGUGCGCAUGAUAUUUCAUGGACCCGUUCGGGUGCGGGUCGUUCAAAUGUGUCAGUUUUUGUGUUGCUGGUGUUUAUAAUAGCUACUAAACUAGUAAUGUAUGAGUAA